AAUAGAAGCGUGAAUGUGACAGUGUAGUGGAUCCUGGGCCGGGUUCAACAACAUCUUUGAGACACCAGUGUGACGCCAAUGGAAAGCUCCCAUGUGAUGGACUACUCUGGUCAUACCUGUCGUUGGGGAAGAACCUAUGUCCUUUUAUAUCAUAGAGUGCUACUUUUGAGAGUGUUUUUACUGCAAUGAUGGUUCUUCUGUCAAAGUGCCAGAGGCUGUAGAUCACAGGUGUCAGACUCAUUUCACGGAGGGCCGAGUGUCUGUGGGUUUUCCCUCCUCCUUUGUAUUUGAUUGAGGAAUUAAGGUCACUCAUUAGUAAGGAACUCCCCACACCUGGUGGUCUAGGGAUUCAAUGAAUGUACAAAAUGUACAUCUGCAGGCACUAGGACCUCCAUGUAAUGAGUUUGACACCCCUGCUGUAGAUGACUCAAUGAUGGUGAAUAUUUGGCUCUACAUAGAAAGUACCUGCCAUUUAAUUUUCAAUCCAAAUGGUUCUCUCACUAUAUGAGACCAUAUGUGCAUGUAUUGAUCCAGUUGUGUUCCUGAGACGGUUGAUGUAACUGUGUGUCUGUUUAUUUGUCUCCUUUGCAGAAUCGGCGAAGAGCAUCCCUCUGCCUGGCAGCAUGAACGGAGGUGCCCAAGUGCCCACCAGCCUCAGCGGGCAGCAGCUGGCCUCUGCCAUCCCCUCCCCCACCGCCGGCAAGUCCUGGCGCAGCAAGUCCAUGAACAUGAAGCACAGUGCCACCUCCUCCAUGCUCUCGGUCUCCACCUCGCCCUCUCCCUCGCCUACUCCACCCCCCGCCUCCGACCGUCUACGGCCCCCCAUGACUGAGGCGCCCAAGUCGGGCUCUGUCGCUGGCGCCUCCCAGAGAUCCAUGCUGGACAAGUUCCGGAUGAUCAACCCUCGCUCGGCCUCGCGGACUUCACCGUCGGUGGCUGAGAUGGCCUUGCAGGAGGAGGAUGACAUGUCGGAGUACGGUGAGGAAGGGCUAAGCAUAACGGAGCCAAUGUCGUCAAUGUGUACUAGCAGCAGCAACAGCACCAAGCAGCUGGCCAAGACUGCCUCGCCCCCCUCCCUGGCAGCAGCCAAUAAGGGCUGUGUGAAGGGCGCGUCGCCCUCCAGUGGCGGCAGCAAUAAGUCCCUGCCCCAGCCCAAAGACAAGGAGGAUAAGAGCAGGGGCAAAGGAGGCAAGGCCAGCACCCCUCCCAAAGACGAACAACGGGAACCCAUGGUGGAUCCAUCCAAGAAGACCUCUAAGAUCGCCAGCCUCAUCCCCAAGGGAGGCAAGCCUUCAGCGGGCAAGAAGGACAGCGCCAUCCCCCCUGCCUCCAGUGGAAUCCCCAAGCCUGGGCUCAAGGCCCCCUCGGCUACGGGGAAGCCGGCCGGCGGUCAAGCCCAGACCCAGGCCACCCAGGGUGGUAGUGGAGGGGGCAGGGAAGGGGACAAGGCCAAGGUGGUUAAAGGGGGCCAGGGGGGCUACUACAUGCAGCAGCGCUCACUGGGGGGCCUGGAGGGCCGGCGGAGCAACAUGGUGUCUUCCACCAGCACCUCUGCCCUGUCCCAGCCCCCCGGGGCCAUGGGGGGGAACGGAGCGGUGCAGCUCCCCCAGCAGCAGCAGCACAACCACCCCAACACAGCCACCGUCGCCCCCUUCAUGUAUAGGACGUACUCCGAGAACGACUGUACCACGGUGGCCCCCACAGACCACUGCCUCAGCCCCACCAAGGGAGACCUGGUCUACAGCAAGACUGCCAAGCAGUGCCUGGAAGAAAUCUCAGGGGAAGACCCCGAGACGAGACGCAUGCGGACAGUGAAGAACAUUGCUGACCUACGGCAGAACCUGGAGGAGACCAUGUCCAGUCUGCGGGGGACGCAGAUCAGUCACAGCACCUUGGAGACGACCUUCGACAGCACAGUGACCACAGAGGUCAACGGGCGGAGCAUCACCAGUCGCUCCGCCCCCAUGACCUCCUGGCGCCUCGGCCAAUCAGCCCCAAGCCCCCGCCUACAAGCAGGCGACGCCCCUUCUAUGCCCAGUACCUACACCACAGUCCCACCACCUCGGACGGGUGCCAGCACAGGUGGCGCCACUGGGCGGUACGGUCACUCGGACUCCUCCCGGUUUGUGUACAGUGCCCCCCUGAGGCGAGCGGCGACGGCAGGGGCGAGAGGGGCCGAGCAGGGGGAGAAGGGAGGAGGGCCGGAGGGGAUGCUGGAGAUGGACGUGGCAGGGUACAUGAGCGACGGAGACAUCCUGGGGAAGAACGUCAGGACAGAUGACAUCACCAGUGGGUACCUUACAGACGGUGGUCUUCACCUAUACUCACGGAACGUCGGUCGCGCCCCUGACCUGAACACAGCGCUAGAGGUCACCCAGAGGGUGGUCAAGGAGGUGCACGGGGACGCAGACAGUUGGGAUGACAGCAGUUCGGUCAGCAGCGGUCUCAGUGACACUGUAGAUAACAUCAGCACAGACGAUCUGAACACGCCCACCUACCCUGCCAUCACAUCGUCACCACGCAAGAACAAGGCAGCCCAGGCGGACACACACCAGCAUGUGGAGCAGGAGGUCAGCAGCAGCUGGGCCGGAGCUGAAGAUCUGAAGAAGGUGGACGAGGAGCUGGAUGUCAGCAUGGAGCCUGGCUCAAAGUGGAAGCCUUCCUCCUCCUCUGCCUCCUCGCCAGCGGGGCAGUGUGGUGAGGAUCCCGGGCAGAAGACGGGCCUACCCAUGUCCCAGACUGGCUCCUGGAGGAGGGGUAUGACUGCCCAGGUGGGCAUCACGCCCCCCCGGACCAAAGGAACCAGCGCCACCCUAAAAACCCCUGGUCAAACUGAUGAUGCCAAGGCCUCAGAGAAAUGCAAGGCCCCCUCCAAGACCGCUGGCAUCCAGCGCUCGCCCUCCGACGCCGGCAAGAGCAGUGGCGACGAGGGCAAGAAACCCCCCUCGGGCAUCGCCCGCCCCCCCACCACUGGGUCGUUCGGCUAUAAAAAGAUGGCCAGCCCCCCCUCCGGUGCCCUCAUCACGUCCAGUGGUGCCACCCUGGCCAGUGGCUCCGCCACACUGGGGAAGGUGCCCAAGUCUUCGGCUAUCGGCAAGGGGACAGGGAUCAGCGGAGGCCGUAAGACCAGCCUGGAUGGCUCCCAGCCCCAGGACGAUGGGGUGCUGAUGGGCUGCGGAGGCUCCAAGGUGCCCCUCCAGUACCGCUCUCUGCCCCGGCCGGCCAAGUCCUCCAGCGGGGGGGUGGUGGGGCGCAGCGGCCACCGCUCCAGUUCCAGCAGCAUCGAUUCCAAUGUCAGCUGCAAGUCGGCCGGAGGAACGGGGACCAAGCGAAGGGACGCUGGGAAGGUGGGCUCGGGGCGCUCCAGCCCCAUCCCCAUCACCAUCAACCAGACGGACAAGGAGAAAGUGGCCGUGUCAGACCAGGACCCAGCAGGUUUAUCCACCUCCCCCAAGUCCAGCCCCACCUCCACGGGCCAGUCUGGCCUCAGACAACCAGGGUCCAAGUACCCGGACAUUGCCUCACCCACCUUCCGCAGGUUGUUUGGCACCAAAGCCAGCAGCAAGGCCAGUACCCCAGGCACACCUGACUCAGGCAAGUGCCCCUCUGCGUUGGGCAGCCCUCAUGGCACAUUGGCGCGCCAGGCCAGCCUGGACUCUCCCUCCUCGGGCACGGGGAGCCUGGGCAGCGCGGGCGGGCAGAGCGGGGCGAGCAGCCCACUUUAUGGCAAGGCCCCUGACCUGGGCACUGAUUCACCUGCCUCCAGCCCGGCGUCAGGCCUCUCGCUGCCCUCCAACGCCCGCCCCUGGCCCACCAACCUCAGCAGCUCCUCGGCAUGCUCUGGCAGUAAGGACACACUGAGCUGCCAGAGCAUGACCAGUCUGCACACCAGCUCCGAGUCCAUUGACCUGCUGCUGGGGCACCACCACGGCCCCAAAGUCACCCGCACGGCCAGCGUCAAGUCCACGCUUUCUGAGGGCAUGCCUCUUGACAGAAACACACUCCCCAAAAAGGGACUGAGGUACCCUCCCUCGUCCAGACAGACGUCCCAUGAGGAGGGGAAGGAGUGGCUGCGUUCUCACUCCACUGGAGGGUUACAGGACACGGGGAGUCAGUCCCCUCUCUCCCCCCCUGGAGUUGCAUGCACAAGCACUGGAAAAUACCACUACUCCAACCUGCUGAGCCCCACCAACCUGUCACCCUACAACCUGCCAGGACCCAGCAGUAUGAGUCGCUCCAACAGCAUCCCUGCCCAGGACUCCUUUGACCUGUAUGGAGAAGCCCACCUGGGGGGCAGCGCCACCUCUCUGGAGGACAGACCCCGGGGCAUGAGCCGCUCUGGCUCCUUCAGGGACAGCACCGAUGAAGUCCAUGGAUCCUCACUGUCUCUGGUCUCCAGCACCUCGUCCCUGUACUCUGCGGUUCUUUCCUUUCUGGCCAAGACAGAGGAAAAGGCACAUUCUGAGGGUCAAACAGGCCAAAAUACCACGCAAAUCAGGAAGCUGCGACGAGAGCUGGACGCCUCCCAGGAAAAGGUUGCGACCCUCACAUCUCAGCUGUCUGCCAAUGCUCACCUGGUGGCAGCCUUUGAGAAGAGCCUGGGGAACAUGACCUGUCGCCUAACGAGCCUCACCAUGACAGCUGAGCAAAAGGAGUCGGAGCUGGCUGAGCUGAGAGAGACCAUUGAGGCGCUGAAAGCCCAGAACACAGACGCCCAGACAGCCAUCCAAGUGGCCCUCAACGGCCCCGACCACCUACACAAAGACCUGCGGAUUAGGCGGCAACACUCGUCGGAGAGCAUGUCCAGCAUCAACAGUGCAGCCAGUCACUCGUCCCUGGGCAGCGCCAAAGACCUAGAGGACAAGAAGAAGAAGAAGAAGAGCUGGGGAAAAGAGAGGGGCAACAAGGUGGCUGAUUCCAUCCCAGCACAGUUGCGGAGCUCGUUCAAGCAGGCCUUCAGUAAGAAGAAGGGCAACAAACCUCAGUCUCCCCACGACGACAUCGAAGAGAUGACGGACUCAUCGCUGCCGUCCUCGCCCAAGCUACAGCAUGCUAACAGACAGGACAGCUUCCCAACACUACUCUCCUCAGCCUCUACCACAGAGCUGUGUGAGUGCACGGAGGCGGAGGCAGAGAUCAUCCUGCAGCUGAAGAACGAGCUGAGGGAGAAGGAACUGAAGCUGACAGACAUCCGCCUGGAGGCUCUUAGCUCCGCACACCACCUGGACCAGAUCCGAGAGGCCAUGAACCGUAUGCAGGUGAGGAACCAGAAUGAGAUCGAGCUGCUGAAAGCGGAAAAUGACCGGCUCAAGACGGGAGGCACCACGCCUGCCGCCACGCCAGCCAAGAUGGGCCGGCCGCCCUCUGAGACCUCCAGCACAUCCUCGUCCUCCUCGCGCCAAUCUCUGGGCCUGUCCCUCAACAACCUCAAUAUCACAGACACCAUCAUGUCAGAUAUUCUCCUGGACGAUGGUUAUGAGGGCAAUCUACGCAAAGAGGGGCGCAGUGUCCGCAUUGUGGUCACAAUCAACAGUGGCUCCAAUAAGACCAAGGGUAUGCAAAGCCAGGAGCACCUCAUUGGUUCCAUCGGCGUGAGCGGAAAGACCAAGUGGGAUGUGCUAGAUGGAGUAAUCAGACGAUUAUUCAAGGAGUACGUGUUCCGGGUGGACCCACUGACCAGUCUGGGGCUGAACUCAGACAGUAUAGUCAGCUAUAGGAUGGGGGAUGUGGUGCGGGCCCACGCCUCUGAACUGCCUGAAAUGCUGCCCUGUGGCUACCUGGUGGGGGACAACAACGUCAUCAGUGUCAACCUCAAAGGUGUGAAGGAGAACAGCAUAGACAGCCUGGUAUUUGACACCCUCAUCCCCAAGCCCAUCGUCCAGAGAUACCUCAACCUGCUCAUGGAGCAUCGCCGCAUCAUCCUCUCUGGGCCCAGCGGCACCGGGAAGUCCUUCCUGGCCAGCAAGCUGGCAGAGUUCAUUGUCACCAAGUCUGGUCGAAAGGUCACGGAGAGCAACUUGGCGAGCUUCAACGUGGACCAGAAAUCCAGCAAGGACCUGCGUCAGUACCUAUCCAGCCUGGCAGAGCAGUGCAACACUGAGGAGAGCGAGACGGAGCUGCCCACCGUGGUCAUACUGGACAACCUCCACCACAUCGGCUCACUCAGCGACAUCUUCAACGGAUUCCUCAACUACAAGUACCACAAAUGCCCUUAUGUGAUUGGAACCAUGAACCAGGGAGUGUCUUCCUCUCCCAACCUUGAGCUUCACCACAAUUUCAGGUGGGUGCUGUGUGCCAACCACACAGAGCCGGUCAAGGGUUUCCUGGGCCGAUUUCUGCGCAGGAAGCUGAUCGAGACGGAGAUCAACAGGAACAUGCGCAGCAAUGACCUCAUCAAGGUCAUCGACUGGAUUCCCAAGACGUGGCAGCACCUCAACGGCUUCCUGGAGGCCCACAGCUCCUCAGACGUCACCAUCGGUCCCAGGCUCUUCCUGUCCUGCCCCAUGGAUGCAGAUGGCUCGCGGGUGUGGUUCACUGACCUAUGGAACUACUCCCUGGUGCCUUACCUGCUGGAAGCCGUCAGAGAAGGGCUCCAGCUGUACGGCAAGAGGGCGGCGUGGGAGGACCCGUCCAAGUGGGUGAAGGACACCUACCCCUGGAGAUCUGCCUCCUUGCAGCAUGACAGCCAGGCCCUGCUCCAGUUACGGCCAGAGGACGUGGGCUAUGACGGCUACAGCUCCUCCAAAGAGGGCGCCUCCUCCAAACAAGUGUCACAGAGUGACACGGAAGGAGACCCACUGAUGAACAUGCUAAUGAGGCUGCAGGAGGCGGCCAACUACUCCAGCGCGCAGAGCUGCGACAGCGACAGCGCCAGUCACCAUGACGACCAGCUGGACUCGUCGCUGGAGUCGGCGCUCUAGACGAGAGCUCGGAGAGGAGACCUCAGAUGGAGUGACGUAGCGGAGCGCUUUUCAGCGUGGCGUCAGCGAGACGUGGCGGCUUGAACACUUCCAGGCACCCCACACAUAACACAGAGAGAUGUGUGUAGUCAGGAGAUGUCUGUUAGCGGGGUCGGGGGGAGUAAGCCCUCUGACAAAAUGGAGUAGAUUUUUGUGUAUGGUGGUUGAGACACAGUCCUCCAUUUCUCCACUGGAUGUGGCAUCCCAAAAUGCAGGCUGCACGUACACAGUGAGAGACAAUUAUGUCUGCGGUUCUACACCAUACAACUGGAAUUGACAUUAUAGUUUUAUUUAUGUUGAUUCACAGUUGUUGUAUUAACUACGGAUGUUUACAAGGGCCAAAUUCUGGUUUUGUUUACUAAGGUGCUGAACAAAAAAGGCACGUAUCCGUCCCGUCAAACCCUGACCUCAGACGAGCCACAUGGUGCUGGUCCCGUGCUUAAACCUGUCCCUAGUUUACAGGCAACGCCAAGACCCUCCGUACACCCCUCGCCAACAAGCACAAAAAGAGCACUGUGUGUCGUCCAACCAACUGCUACUGUGAAACAAUGGACAAGUGCCCGUGUUACCGUUUGAUAUACUGCCAAGGGCACUGCGACGUGUCCGUCCACAUCCACAGAGUCCUUUUAGGCUUUUCACACUAGCAGACCAGUUGUUCACCCUUUCCUUAAAAGAUGGACAGCACUAUACCAACAGAUGGGUGCUGAAGGGAGGGGUGGCUCCUUCAAUCCAAGGGCCAGGUCAAGAACAGUACAAGCCUGAUAUUGGUGCUUUCUCAAUGCAAAGCUCUGAGACAGGGGUGUAUUACUUCAGCCUUUGGCUCCCUGCUGACCAUCCCGAGUGGAUAGGAGAUUGACAGGAACACACACUUCCUGACACACAACCAUUCAAAUAAAGUGGUCCCGUAUCGUCUCAGUGGGUGCUUUAAUUUCAGUACAGUAAAGGAGAGUUUUAUAACUACUUUUAGGCCAAAAUAUCUCACAAAUCCCGUCAAAAAGUAUGUUGCCCAAAACCAUCCACUUUUGUUUCUGACAGUAAUAUUGUACAAGCAAAAUGGCUGUUAUACUGUAUUUGCAAGUGGAACUGACCAAUUGUAUAAAAGUUCAAAGGGGUGGGCAUUUUUUUAGUUGUUGCUUUUACCCAGUUGAGCUGGGUUCACUUGAACUGUCAUGAGCACAACCCGACCCUUUUGAUUUUAUAGCCUAAGGAGCAUGUUUUAAGCUUUCUAGGGGGGAACAUUUGAAGGAGACUUUUACUUUUACAUAACAGCGUGUGGUAGGGACAGAAGCCAUUUUGGAUUUUGAUUGUCCUUCCUCCAUUAAUGAGUGGGUUGGUUUUGCACAGUUAAAGUGGGGGUGUAAAUAAUAAAGUAUUGCACAGUGAAUCAGAGAUGCAUUCUUUCCUGUUGAUGUUAUAUUACGCUUUAACUCGCUGAGAAUUAUUGUACGUUGCAAAAAAAAUACAAAAUAGAAAUGCAAAAAACCAACAAGCUGUCAGAAACAGGUGUAUGUCUUGUGGUGAUUGGCUGUCUUGCUGCAGGAGGCAUACGAUGUACAGUAUGAUAUUAUUAUUUUUAAACGCUGUAUAUUAAAUGUUCACUAAAUCACUGAUUUGAGGAGCAAACCAUUCAAUUUAUCAAGAAAAGAAAAUCUGGUCAUUGUCACAGAUUUUCCUUUUGUAUAUUCUCUGGAACUAGCAUUUGGUGACUCAUCCCCCUAUUCAACAGGCUAAAAUUCACAAAGCAUUACACUGUAACAUUUCUGAAUAUACUUUCAUUCAGUCUUGUAUUCGGUUUUAGUAGAAUCUGAUUUUUUUGUCAUCCCAUUCUGAGGUACUCUUUUCCUGCUGUUGUGCUAUUUACAAUUCCAAAUAACAGGUGCUACUGGUCAACUAAAUCUACCAGAUUCCAUUUUCUGCAGAAAAUGUUGUCACAACCUCAGGACAAGCUCUUGUUGUCAUCACUUGGCUGUGACAAAUGUAUUUUUUAUUUUGUUUUUGCACGCAUCAUUGUUGGUCUACCCCAUCAGCCUGCAUCUAAACAUAGAGCCUGACACACACACACACACACAGUCGGUAAGACAUAGCUCCCCUCCAACACAGCAGACAUCUAGUCACUCCUCCCUGCUCCCCUAGGACACAAUCAGUUGCCUAGUUAACCAGACGUUUUCACAACACAAACAGUGUACCAUUAUGUCAUGGUGACACCAUACAAUCUCAAUGACAUCUUUUAGUUAAACAUUGCAUUUACUGCUUUGAGAGAAGAGUUUCUUUUUUUUGUUGAAACAUUUGUCCUUAAAUGUUUUAUAUUUUGUACAUUUGUAUGUAACAUAUCGUGUAAAUAGACAGAGACAGCGAUUUAAAUCAUCUGGAGGGAUUUUGUAGUCUUUGUAAAGCCCUAAUAAAUGGUAUUUGGUGUCA